CCCACAUCAAGAAACCCCAUUUUGGCACUCAAAUUCACAAACCAUACUUCAAAAUUGCCAUUUUUUGACCUUUUGGACACAAAUUCAAGAAACCCACUUGAAAAAGACCCCUUUUUUGUUGAAGAAGCUAUGAAAUUUAUGAAACCCUAAUGCCAUUUUUCUUAUUUGGAAGUUUGUCAAUGAUUUAUUGCCCAAAGUUGAUGCUAUGCAAUCUCUCUUCUUGUUCAACUGCCACAGGUAGAAGAACAUGAAACUUGCAGAGCUCAAGCUUCUCUUUAAUGGCGGUUCUUGAACUCAUUGCUCUCUUUCUCAUCUUCUUUGCUGCAUUUCCAGAGAUUAAUGCCCAACAAGCUAAAGAUGAACCCUAUGUGGGAGUUAACAUAGGUACAGAUGUAUCAAACUUGCUCCCCCCAACAAAAUUAGUUUCAUUUUUGCAACAACAAAAGGUUACCCAUGUCCGAAUUUAUGAUUCCGACCCGGAUAUCCUCAAAGCCCUAUCGAAAACCAAGAUUCGGGUCAUAAUCUCAGUACCGAACAACCAAAUCCUUGGAAUCGGGUCAUCCAACACCACCGCCGCCAACUGGAUCAACCGGAAUGUGGCUGCAUUUUACCCCGAUACCCUCAUCACCGCCGUGGCUGUUGGUGAUGAGGUGUUAACAACCGUCCCUUCGUUAUCUUCCAUGUUAAUGGCAGCCAUUGAAGCACUUUACAGUGCUUUAGUAGCUGCAAAUUUGCAUACCCAAAUCAAGAUUUCAACCCCACAUGCUUCCAACAUCAUUCUUGAUCCAUUCCCACCUUCACAAGCCUAUUUUAACCAAACCCUUUCGCCCGUUUUAGCUCAACUUCUUCGGUUUCUUUCGAGGACCAAUUCGCCAUUAAUGAUGAAUCUAUACCCUUACUAUGUGUUUAUGCAGAACAAAGGGGUGGUUCCUCUUGAUAAUUCGCUAUUUAAGCCAUUAACGCCUUCGAAAGAAAUGGUUGAUCCCAACACUUUGUUGCAUUACACAAAUGUUCUUGAUGCCAUGAUUGAUUCCGCCUACUCUUCAAUGAAGAACUUGAACGUUUCCGAUGUUCUGGUUCUUGUUACCGAAACCGGUUGGCCUUCAAAGGGGGAUUCAAAAGAGACGUAUGCAACGAUUGACAACGCAGAUACAUAUAAUUCCAACUUGAUUCGUCAUAUUUUCGACAGAAGUGGAACCCCAUAUCAUCCUGAGGUCACUUCUAGUGUUUACAUUUAUGAAUUGUUUAAUGAGGAUUUGAGGUCACCGCCGGUUUCCGAGGCGAAUUGGGGACUUUUUCACGCGAAUUCAACGCCGGUUUACUUGCUUCAUGUGUCGGGAAGUGGUGAAUUUUUGGCGAACGAUACUACGAAUCAGACUUUUUGUGUGGCAAUGGAAGGAGUUGAUGGUAAAACAUUACAAACAGCUUUGGAUUGGGCUUGUGGACCAGGAAGAGCAAAUUGUUCAGAGAUUCAACCAGGGGAGACUUGUUAUUCACCAAAUAAUGUCAAGAAUCAUGCUUCUUAUGCAUUUGAUAGUUAUUAUGAAAAAGAAGGAAGGGCUGCUGGUUCUUGUGAUUUCAAAGGUGUGGCCAUGAUUACCACCACUGAUCCAAGUCACGGGGUCUGUAUCUUUCCAGGAAGUAAGAUCAUAAGCAAUAGAACGAACACGGUGGUGAACUCGACCAAUGCAACAAGUGGGGUGGAUGCAUCAAGAUUAAUACGAACCACACGUUUUGACAGCGGUUUUCGGGGACUCGUUCUUGGUGUCGUGUUUUGUUUAUUCGUUUGAAGAAAAAAGAGAGAGAGAUGAAGAUGGAGGUUUUGAUAUAUUUUUUUGGUAUGGAUUCAAAUCUUUGUGUAUAAUGUUGUAUGUAGUAUUCAUGGGGAAGGGACCAAAGAAAGAGUGGAAAUGGUGGGAGUGAAGGGUUAAUAAGUAGAUAGAGUUUGAGCAUGUGUUUAUCCUGCAUAAAGAUAGCUUUUGCUCUACAUUUUGGUUGUGUAAUGAAGACUUUGAAAGUUCAAGAAGUAUUGGUG